AAUUAGCAAUUAAUUUUACAUCAGAAAACUAGUAAUUUUACAUCAAAAAAAAAAAAACUUAUAGAUCAGUAAUUUAUUAAGAAAAAUUUAUACCGGUAUUAAUUUACUUUAUAGGAACGGUUCUUUUAGGAACAAAGGUCUUCCAGGGUUUGUAAAAACGGAUUCUAUCAUAUCCAGCCCAAUUGUGAAAAUAACAAGUCUUACCAUAGUUGUUUUUAAUUAGGUCUUGCCAGAAGAGAUUAAGCAUCCACGGCUAGAGGAGUUUUUGGCAUAGGUUAAGUGAUCAAAAGUCUAAUGUGCAACUUUAGCAACGAUUCAAAUGAUAUGAUGGCGCGGCAAUUAUUUAAAAAGAAAUGAUCAUUUUACCGAAAGUCAUUUUACCGAAAGUCAUUUCACCGACAGUUUUGAAAUCCUUAUUCUAAUUCUAACCCUAACCAUAACUCUAAUCCUAAUUCCCUUGAAAUGUCUAUCUAUGAGAUAUCUGUUGAUUACAGUAUGUAUGACAAUAUUUGGAACAAUAAGUUCUACAAACCUUUACGCGAUUAGUUUAUAUACUAAUAUCAUACACCACAAUUCUUUAUUAUUUCAAUGCAUGCAAAAUUACACAACUCCGCGCACGCAUACUACACAUUAUUAG